AUGUCCGAUCGUAUAUGUAUUUACUCGAAAGGCACAUUAAAGCCUGAGUUGAGCGCAGAAGAUCUAGUCUCCUGCUGUGGCUGGUUCUGUGGGGCUGGUUGCCAGGGUGGAAUUCCCAUUCAGGCCUGGAUGUAUUGGAAGAAUCAUGGCAUUGUAACUGGAGGAGACUAUCAGACUAAGGAUUGUUGCCGGCCUUAUGAGUUCCCUCCAUGUAAUCAUCAUGUCAACGGUACUCUGCCACCGUGCGAGGGUGAAUACCAAACACCUAAGUGCGAGAAAAUGUGCCAAGAUGGGUACAACAAAUCGUAUAAUAACGAUCUACACUUUGGUAAGUCAAGUAUUAAUAGAAAAGCAACAUGCAGAUAA